CAGAGCCCCAAACUCCACACCUCCUCCAGCAUAUCCUGAACUUGUGCUCCCAGGUCCCGGAUCUUGUCCACAAUGAACCUCCAGCUCCGCAGCUCCGCCCGCAUCCUUAGCCGUUCCAGCUCGCCAUUUACGCUGCUGGCAUUUCUGUUGCUGCUCACACUGCCGCAGCAUCUAGCUGAAGCUGCUCCUUCCUCAGCCGUAGCCGCUGCAACUGAGCUGCGUUGUGUUUGCUUAACCGUAACUCCAAGAAUUAAUCCCAAAAUGAUCGCUAAUUUGGAGGUGAUCCCGGCAGGUCCACAGUGCCCCACGGUGGAAGUCAUAGCUAAGCUGAAGAACCAGCAGGAUGUCUGUCUGGACCCAGAAGCUCCUUUAAUAAAGAAAAUCAUUCAGAAAAUAUUGGACAGUGAAAAAAAGAAAACUAAGCGGAAUGCACUUGCAGUGAAAAGAACGGCCAGUAGUCAAUAGAAAGAUUUUUUUGGGAUUCUGUCCCCAGUGAAGACAAGAAGGAAAGGAUGAUUCUCUCCACCUAUUGGUUUUCUUUAUGAACUCCCUGCUUUGAUGAGAAAAGGGAAACCGUUGUCCCUGAAGCUUCCUGCUUAUCUUAUGAGUGUAUUUAGUAGAAUAAUUCCUAUUCUUUCCUAUCGAUUACACUAUUAGAAAUUGUGGUACUUUAGUGUGUAAGUCAAGAAUCAUUGAUUGUUAACCUUUCAAAAUGUCUUGAGUUGAAGGUGACUAUUGCAUUGUGUCUCCAGUAUGUGUGUGUGUGUGUGUGUGUGUGUGUGUGUGUGUGUGUGUGUGUGUAUAGUGCCUUUUUAAUGUUCAUGAGAAGACUGUGGCUUUAACAGACGAAUGAGGUUCAGUUAGAAGCUGUUGAUGAAGACACCCUCUCCUCUCUCUAAUAAAAUGGGAACCUCUUUUACUGUUGUUUUUUUGGGUGUAUUAAGGAGUUUUCUUACAUCUGAGCCUGGAGUGGCAUAUAACUUUUAUGGUUUUAGAAAGCUGCUAUGUCAUGCAGAAACCUGUGUAGAAUGCAUUUCCUUAUUUAGAAUUUUAAAAUAUGUAAGUUCUAGAAGGAUCAAUGUGUUCUCAUCUUAUAAUUUUAGACAUCUGAUGUCUUCUUAGUAUGGCAUAAUGUCAUGACUUACUCAUGAAACUGUACACUAUUUAUUAACUAGUUUAUUAGUAUUACUAUUUGGGCCACGAAGUAUAUAUUUUAGAUAGACGAAGAAGGUAAGCAAGUAAAUUCCUUACCUAGUUUCAUUAAAAAAAAAAUUAAAAGUUAUUUCUAGUGAGUGAAACUUCAACAAAUAUCUAUAGUCUUAGAGUUUUGAAACCAUACCUAACAUGUUUUAAUAUGCAUUGUGGAGAUAUUUAGGUGUCUGUAGUAUGUGUUUUAUAGAGUUUGCUUUGUUAUAAGGAAAUUAAUGAAUGCAGCAAUCCAUUAUUUUAAGACUGUACGUUUUAAAGUGCCUCACUUGUUUAUACUACUUUUUUUGAGAAAAAUAAAGUAUCUCUA